UCUUUCGAGGGUGUUAGGAUGAUUAAUACUUAUGUAUCUGUACCUCCUUCUCGUGGUUCGUUUCUCUUCCACUUAUCGAGUAAUUACCUCCAAAAAUAUUUUGGGAAGAAGAGCCUCCCCAAAUGGAUUCUUUGAUGUAUUAUUUCUGGAGAACAUGUUUGAGGAUGAAGCUCCACCCCAAAAGCAUUUGAAUUACUUCCCUUUGCCCUUCAAUAGGAUUUGGAGUUGCACUUUGUCUGCUUCCAAAAGGAUUACUAUUUUCUUUAUUCCCUCCUCCAAAAGCAUUUCCAGUUCUUGUUAGAGUUUUCGAAAAACCAGUUGGUCUCUGAGCAGACCUAGAUCCACUUUUUUUGUAAAUGGAUUGUUCAUUGUACUGCUUUGAC